GUUUAUCAAGUCGAAAAUGUUCUUGCGGAAAACCCAAGCAGCUCACUGGAAAUCGAGGGUUACCGUUGUUUUCUCGAACGUCUCGGCCAGAAUUACGCUUUCCUCGACAAUUUUUAUGGGUAUACAACAACGUCCUCUCAAAACCCACAAUUCAUGCUCCGGAAGUUGCGUUUAGCUGCGUGUUUUAACAAACAAAGUGCUGACAUGCAACUUAUAAAUUCUUUGAAGCAAAAGUUUGGUCAGGAUGCGAUCUUUGUCUUGGGAAACUGGUCUGCCCCAAACGCACUUUAUCAUGAACCA